AUGAAUAACUUGCCAGAACGGGAGUUUUACACCAUUGUUGCUGGUGGUGUAGCUCUUGCUGCUAAUGCCGGUUUCAUCAAUGUCGUCUCUAUGGCAGGUUAUUUCCAGGCAAGUGCCAUGAACCGUUGCACAACACAAUAUAUAGUGUGUGCGGUCUCUCAUGUCACUGGAUCGGUUUCUCGGGUUGCUAUAUCGGCUGUUCAGCAAGACUGGGAAACAUUUCUUUUGGUCGUAUCUAUUAUUGUAUCAUUUACAUUUGGAUCGUUUAUGGCUGGAUUUAUAGUGGGUGACAACCGAUUCAAACUUGGUGCCAAUUACGGAAUAACACUGUGUAUAGAAUCUGCUGCGUUGUUUACAUCGUUUAUGUUUUUGCGUCGAGAGUUGGUAUUGGGCGAAUGGGCUGCAGCAUUUGCUUGCGGAUUACAAAACGCAAUGGUGACUUCUUACUCUGGGUUGGCUGUUCGCACAACACACAUGACAGGAAUCGCUACAGAUGUAGGAAAUAUCUUGGGUCAAGCGUGUCGAUCUGAUACCAAGGCCGAGUUAUGGCGUCUCAAAGUUCAUGUUCCUAUUCUUUUUGGGUUUAUUGCAGGUGGCAUGUGUGGUCAAAUCGCAUGGCUUUCUAUUCACGAAUAUGCUCUCCUUGUCCCGUGUAUAUUCACUGGUGGUGUUGCCGCUUUGUAUCUCACUUUACCGUUUAUCAAAGAUGCGGCAGAACAAAUUAAACACGCUCUUCCUCAUGAACUCCAUUUUAUGGACAACUAUGAAGGAGAUCCUCGGAAAUAUCAAGAGUAUCAUAAGGAACAGUUGCUGAAGCAAGUAGAUCACUAUGCAAAAAUUACUGGCAAGAAUAUUGAUGAUGAAAUUCAAAGGUUUUUGAAUGAUAUGGUUGGAGACGAUGAAAUUGAAAUGGGAGUAUUAAAUAGCGUAUCCAUCAGCAGUACUGGCAAAAGAGAUAGUGGAUCAUCUAGACUGCUCAGUUCAAGACGUGGGCAAUCUGCAUAUGGAGCAACAGAUGAAGAUGACGACUUACCUAAACAAAUAAAUAUUUAA